GAGAGAAAGGCAGUAACUAAUUUGGUAGGAAAUGGGCGUGGAGGACCGAAGCGAGUCCCGUUAAGGAAGAGAACAUCAGGGCAGCGUCGCAAGAGAGGAGCUCGAUUCUCCUUCGUGAUUAAAACUUGAAAAAAGCGGAAAAAGUCUGCGCAAGAGUCACCAGAAGGACACGUCCAACGACUGCUCCAAUCAUGCCUCUGCUGGUGUUGAAGUCCUCCCGUCUCCUGUGGGUGCGUUUGGCCGCUCUGGUGUUCACCUGCGUGUCGUUCAGCGUGGCGGCCCAUGGAGCGGCGGUCAGCGGCAGCAUGUACGACUGGUGCAUCUUCUGCUGGGCGUUCAGCUUCGCGGGGACCCUGCUGGUCCUGGUGGUGGAGCUCAUGGGUCUCCAGUCGCGCGCCCCUGUGUCCUGGAACAACUUCCCGAUCACCUUCGCCUGCUACGCUUCGCUGCUUUGCCUGUCGGCGUCCAUCAUCUUCCCGCUCUACUUCCUGAAGGGCGAAACGGUGCACACCGAGGCCCGGGACCACCGUAUCGUCUCAACGGUUUUCUCCUGCCUGGCCGCCGUGGCGUAUUUCGUCGAAGUGAGUCUGACGCGAGCGCAGCCGGGCGAAGUCGCCGGGUACAUGGCCACGGUUCCGGGCCUGCUGAAGGUGUGCGAGACCUUCGUGGCCAGCGUCAUAUUCGUGUUCGUCAGCAACCCCAACUCUUACGAGGGCCACGCGGCGCUGAAGUGGUGCAUGGCCGUCUACUGCAUCUGCUUCGUGAUUUCGGCGGCCGUCGUGAUCAUGUGCGUCGGCGAAUGCACCGGGUACCUGCCGUUCCCGUUCGCGCGCUUCCUUUCCGCCUACGCCCUGCUGGCGGUCGUCAUGUACCUCACCGCCACCAUCAUUUGGCCGAUCUUCAAUUUCGACAAACGUUAUUCGGGGAGCUCGAGUCGGCCGUUCUUCUGUCAGCACAGCCACGGUUUGUGUCCGUGGGAUAAAUUGGUGGCCGUGGCCGUUCUCACCGCUGUCAACUUCCUGAUCUAUCUGGCCGAUCUGGUGUAUUCAGCCAGACUGGUCUUCAUUUCGGUUUGAGAGGGCGAGCGGUCAUCCCUGACACUGACGAAAUCUUCGAAAGCUAAGACUGUGCACCAAUGAGUUUGUGCUUUUAUUCCAAGUUUCCAAGUGAGUAAUGGUGCGUUCAAAUCAGAAAGAUCGUGUUUAUGAGUUAAACCUGCAUAAACACCACCACGAUGUCAUGCGAAACGGUAUUGUUUUAGUAGUUUGAUUGAUCGGUCGUGCUGUUUAAAUAGUGAAAUAUCAUUUGUGAGUUAAUUAAGGGUGUUCAAAUAUAUUGCCGAUGCUUAAAUAUACAUAUAAUACAAGAUAUAAUAAUUAAACGUUAUCCAUCCACCUUUUUCCUAUGCCCCAUCAUGCUUUGCGCAAAUUAUGGGAGUGUCAAUUUAAACCGCAAAACGUUCGCUCUUUAAGCAUUUUUACAAACUGAGGACAAUGAGGUGGUAUUUAACUCACCCUUCAACCCUUGAUCGGUGAAAUAAGAGGAAAUUUUAAAAAAGUGUAAUAGCAUUCAGUUAUUUUAAUAUAACACACCACUAAUAACUCCUAAAGAUCCACCUUAUAUCCGCAGCAGUAUAAAUUAAAUCAGGAGAGCAGACCACAGCAGGAUACAAAGGGAACAUGGGAAAAUAAUCAGGUGUAAAUCAGAGCUAUUCUAUAAAUGUUGUUAUAUCAUAUUAAUAUACCAAAUGUAACGCUACUCUCCUAACUUCAGAAAAUAGAAAUUGAAUGAAAAUGUAUGGAUCAUUUUGACAGAGAAGAAUUCUUUGUAGCACAAUAAAUCACUUUUCUUCAUGUAGAACAGUAACAGAUAAGAGAAUAGAGUGAUACUGAUGUAUAUAAUGACAACAAUCAAAUCGACGAUAAUUGCUAGAAUCUCUAGAAAGUCGAUCUUAUGAUCUGAUAUGAUUUGUUGCAGUCUUAUGGAGUAGAUCUUCCCCAAAACCAGAAGUGCCUCUCGUAACUAAAAACGCAGAAGGCUUGUUGGGAUAAAGCUGGGUAAUCUUUGGUUAAAUCCUCACGUGCGAUGCCUUUCAUCCAUACUCUACAAAAAAAACCUCUUUUGUUUUAUAGAACAUGACUAAAGCAGUAUAGGUUUUAAAAGGUUUGAAGUGAUCUCAGGUAUUUUCAUAUGAUAUUAUAUAUUUAUAUUGCAACGAUAAUCAAAGUUUAUUGCUGUAUAUGAAACUAAAAAUAAGAACCAAUAUAUUUCUUAAAUACAUAAAUGUAUGCGUGUGUGUGUGUGUGUGUGUGUGUGUGUGUGUGUGUGUGUGUGUGUGUGUGUGUGUGGAUAAUAAAUAUACAUAGCACACACAUCAUGUGAACAAAAGUUUUAUUUCAUACGAUUAAUGUACACCAAACCCAUCUUGAGUGUUGAGUGCUGCUAAAAACUAUAUUUUCUUGUAUUUUAAUGAACCCUCUUCUGUGUGGGGUUCCAGAGUCCGUUACGUUUUAAACAUUCAGGUGAAACCACAAAAAAACAUGACCGCCCAACUCAUAAAUACGAACUUUCAGAAGGCCCCGAACGCCCCGUUGCUGGUGUUUGAAUGUGAUUAGUGUAUUUCUGAUUGUGCCACUGCUGCCUUAUAAAGGAGCUCCACGUCGCUGUGUUCAACUACUGUAAGUGUUUGUGUCGUCUGUCACGUGUCAGUGUUAUCACGCCAGGUCUGCGUUCAUAACAGAGGUGAACCGUUCCAGGGCAAAGCCUUUUAUACUGCGUUGUAAUAUUUUUAAAUGUAUCAAGAACAAAUAAAGUUAUGAUAUGAAAA